CCAGUGAGAGAGCCAUCUCUCUGAAGGAUCCCAGUCUUUCCUCCAGCUUGCCACCUUCCUCUACUCAGUCAGAAGAGCUGUAACUUCUGAGCUGUGGAGACGUUACUGCUUGAGAGCAUAAAUGGAACUACAACUACCAGUACGUCACAGCUCUGGAAAUUGCAAAGUGGCCCAUUCCCAAGAACCUCCCCACUCCACUGAGAAGCCUGUCAUCCACUGCCAUAAAUGUGAGGAGCCAUGUAAAGGCGAAGUGCUCCGUGUCCAGUCCAAGCACUUUCACAUCAAAUGCUUCACCUGCAAAGUGUGUGGCUGUGACCUGGCCCAAGGAGGUUUUUUCAUUAAGAACGGGGAAUAUCUCUGCUCUGUGGAUUACCAGCGCAUGUAUGGAACCUGCUGCAAUGGCUGUGGGGAAUUCGUGGAAGGAGAAGUAGUGACAGCUCUGGGAAAAACCUACCAUCCGAACUGCUUUGCCUGCACUGUUUGCAAACGCCCGUUUCCACCAGGAGACCGGGUUACCUUCAAUGGAAGAGAUUGUCUCUGUCAAAUGUGUGCUCAGCCAGUGUCAUCUAGCCCAAAAGAGAUCUCCAGCUCAAGCAAUUGUGCUGGCUGUGGAAGAGAGAUAAAAAAUGGCCAAGCGUUACUAGCACUGGAUAAGCAGUGGCACCUGGGAUGCUUUAAGUGCAAGGCCUGUGGCAAGGUCCUGACUGGGGAAUACAUCAGCAAGGAUGGUGCCCCUUAUUGUGAAAAGGACUACCAGGUUCUCUUUGGGGUCAAAUGUGAAGCAUGUCACCAAUUCAUCACUGGGAAGGUCCUAGAGGCAGGUGACAAGCAUUAUCAUCCGAGCUGUGCACGAUGCAGCAGAUGCAACCAAAUGUUCACGGAAGGAGAAGAAAUGUACCUGCAAGGUUCCACUGUAUGGCAUCCCGACUGUAAGCAGUCCACUAAGGCAGAAGAUAAGCUACGGCCUACAAGGACAUCAUCUGAAAGUAUUUAUUCCAGACCGGGUUCCAGUAUUCCUGGCUCACCAGGCCAUACUAUCUAUGCAAAAGUAGACAAUGAAAUCCUUGAUUACAAGGAUUUAGCAGCUAUUCCCAAAGUCAAGGCCAUUUAUGACAUUGAACGUCCAGACCUAAUUACUUAUGAGCCAUUCUACACUUCCGCCUACGAGGAGAGACAGGAGAGACAGAGUCUUGGAGAGUCUCCAAGGACACUGUCUCCCACCCCGUCUGCAGAGGGUUAUCAGGAUGUUCGGGAUCGCAUGAUUCACAGGUCAACCAGUCAGGGCUCUAUUAGUUCUCCAGUGUAUAGUCGACACAGCUACACUCCCACAAUGUCGCGCUCCCCUCAGCAUUUCCACAGACCUGGCAAUGAGCCGUCCAGCGGUCGGAACUCCCCUGUCCCUUAUCGGCCAGACAGCCGCCCUCUAACUCCAACUUACGUUCAGGCCCCUAAACAUUUCCAUGUUCCAGAUCAAGGCAUCAACAUUUACAGGAAACCACCCAUCUAUAAACAACAUGAUGCAACUGCUUUGGCAGCACAGAGCAAGUCCUCCGAGGAUAUCAUCAAGUCCUCCAAGUUCCCAGCAGCCCAUGCUCCAGCACCCAACGAGAUACCAAAGAUUGAGACAGACCACUGGCCAGGUCCUCCCUCACUUGCGGCUGUAGGAGCCGACAUGAGACGCAGAUCAAGUGGCAGAGAGGAAGAAGAUGAAGAGCUCCAGAGACGUCGGCAGCUACAGGAGGAGCAGCUCAUGAAGCUUAACUCAGGUCUGGGGCAAUUGAUUUUAAAAGAAGAAAUGGAAAAGGAGACUCGCGAUAGGCCACCUCUUUCAGCCAGUCGUUAUGAUUCUCCAAUUAAUUCAUCCUCCCAAGCCUCGGCCUCCAAAACCUCCUCCCUCCCUGGCUAUGGAAGAAAUGGACUGCACAGGCCGGUGUCUACAGACUUUGGUCAGUACAAUAGUUAUGGGGAUGUGAGCGGUGAUGUUCGAGAUUUCCAGUCCCUCCCGGAUGGUCAUGUCCCCGGAAUGAGAAUGGACAGAGGAGUGUCUAUGCCUAACAUGUUGGAACCAAAGGCAAGUGCGGCUGUUACUCACUUUCCUUCAAGACAACUUGUUGAUUGUUUCUCCUCCCUGGGUAGGCCUAAUGGGGAGAACGGAAGGGAGCGUCACUUAGCACCGGAAGUUUUUCAAGAAAUAUUUGGCAUGACAAUACAAGAGUUUGACAAGUUACCUCUUUGGAGACGCAACGACAUGAAGAAGAAAGCAAAACUCUUUUAAUUCACUCUACAUUUAUAGCCCUUUAAACAAAACAUAGGAUAUUGUAUGAUAAAGUCCAUAUUAUCUUUGGAGAGCAACUUACUCAUCCACCAAAAAGGGAAAAUCUGACACAGGCACCUGUAUUCAUAGCAAUUGGGCGAACAUGAACAUUUGCCAAUGGGGUAAAAAUUUCUAUGUUCAGAAACCUGAUGGCAGUUUUCACAUGUGUAAACUUUUUACAUGUCGUAUACAUGAUAGGAAGCAGUUCUUUUCUUCUCCCUCAAUAAUAUUCCCUUUAUUUUUGUCCAGAAUAUGGUGGACUUUAUUGCUAGAGCCAGGAAGUGCUCUUAGGAUGCCUAGUAGAAUGAAAUAAUUGUAAUCACUUCAAGAAAUGAAUAUGUAUACAUAUAUUCUGUAGUAUACCCAUAUGGUAAAAUGAAUCCUCUUUGCACACCAUUUCUUAACUGGCACUGUUUUGAAACAGCAUAUUCUUUCUGUUAUGAAAGAAUGAGACUCUAUUCCACUGCAUACCAACCAAAUUAUUGGAAAACAAAUUCCCUGCUUGUACUUGUACUACAUAUAUGCUAGGAUAUCAAUAGUGAAUUGCUGUGUAUGUUUUCAGAUCUUCCCUCCUCCAUACUUUCUGCUUUAAUUAACAUGGCCUGGGCUUUACUAGUCAUUUAAGUAAAGGGAAUGGUGUAGGAGUGGCAGUUUUCUUGUUGUUUAGUCUGGGGAUUUAGGGAGGGUGGUGGGUGGAGGAAAUAAAAGGGUUAAAAGGAAAUUCUUCUCAAGUAUUCUCUGGUGCACACCCACAGACUUGGGCCAAAUUACCUGCUACUACAAAAUGGCUCAGCUACACUGAGUUGUACCAGCAGAGAAUUAUAGUCCUAUCUUGCACCAUGUUCUUCCAGUAUAGGCUCUGUGGUUACAUCACUGUUGCAGACAUUGAGGAUACUGCACAGUGUAUUAAGUUGAGCACUUUUUUAUUGUUUGUUAACAUGUUUUCACUCAUGCUUUGAAAAGAGGGUUUGGAAUUCCUUUGAUGCUACAAAGAUGCAGCCUUGGUAUUUUUUUGUUUUGUUUUGUUUUAUUUUGUGCCUGGCACGCUUUGUAGGGUGCAGGAAAUCAUGCAGGAUAGUUUUUUGAAUCGAGUUAUGCUUAUUAUUCUUUGCAUUCUUUUCCCACUGUGCUCCAGAGUGUGAAGAUUGCCUGAAAUUAACUUUACUGCUUGGAGGGCAGAUUGUGUUCUCAUGAGGACAUGAGGAACACAUUACCUUCCCUGAAUGAAUACUUAGCUGCUGAAAGGUCAGCGUCUUCUCUACAUUGAUGCUGAACUGCCAGUGUAUCCCUCCCUCUCUUUUAUGAAUGCGCUAGUCUACAGAGGGAUGUCAAGAUUUUCCUUUUAGAUUUGAUAGUCUCAUGGGAGACACCAGAGCCUUUUGUGUUUUCCAUUACUGAGGACUAACACAUAGACAUCAGGAGGAGGAGGUGGUUAGGUCUGUUAGGUCGUGAAGGAGAUUUGAGAUUCUGGAUCAUUGCAUUGAGUUCUGCACUUCUGCUCCAGCAGGACUGCAUGCUGUCCUAUAACUAAUCUUCUCCAUGUGCAGAAUUAACCAAAUCCUGCUUUCUGGUUGCAGUCUCAGAGAGGCGUGAUCCAGCAGAACCACUGAAGAGAUCUGGGCAGAGAGUUCAGUAUUUGGGGGGUCCAUACCGCCUGCAUACUAGAGAGCACAGCCAGGGGAAAGGGAUAGUGCAGACCAGGGGAUGAGCUGGUGGAGAUGCUACCAUGCAGCGCCAUCAGCCAUUACCCCUAUGGAACCAGAGCAUAGAAGUUCUCAGUGAACAGCAUAACACUGGUCCAAACAAAUCCCUGAGGGUAAUUCCAGUGACUUCAGUGGGGUUACAGCAAGGAUCAGUUCAGCAUGUUUUUUUUGUUUCAUGUUCCAGCACAAGCGUAAUAAACAUCUCCAGAUUACUUCUGACAAGUAAAUGGGAGUGGAAUAGCUGAAAUGAGAUGCAAAUCCAGGUUACCAGUGAAACCAAACAGCAUACUGAAGGGGCAAACAGCUUAUGAUUGGGGAGUUUGGUAGGGUUGGAACUUACUGAAAUUUGCUGUUUGUUUCUUGCAAAUUAUUGCUCAAUUUCAAGCCAGAUAUUUUGGGUAUCAGUUUUUAAAACAUUCCUGAAAUUGUUUAGGCUCCAACCCUGCAGAUGACUCCACACAAACAUAGUGUGACACACGCUGGUGAGCAGUGAUUUGGAAGGUCAGCCUUAGUCUUUCCCAGUUCUAAUUUUCAGUUCACAGCGUAGCACAGGAAAAGCUGCAAGCUUGCAGACCAUAUUGUUCCCUCCAUCUGUAGAUUUAUUAUUAAACAUCUCUGCAGCUGACUAGGGAACAUUAUCCAACGGAAAAGUUGAAAAACAGCAAAGUUUGAAUUUCAAAAUAUCUGACCUGAUUAUUUUCAGUGCUUUAUUUUCAAAAACCCAAGCUGUGAAAAAUGACUUCAGGUUAGAUUGUAUCUAUUUCUAACCAGUUCCAACCUAUCAUCACUAUACCUGCUUAGAAAGAAAUGAAAGAGAAGCCAAUUUAGAUGCCCCCGACAUCUUAGCCUACACACAUCUUCAGGAUUUUGCUAUGUAGAAGCUGGUGUCAUUGUCCUUGACAACGAUGGGUUUCUCCAUUACUAAGAAAUACAUGAAGACAUUCAGGAAAGUUAAGAUGACUCAAAUAAUUGUGUGAAGUUAAAGCACAUUAAUUACAAAGGAUUACAUCCCUGUGUAAAUGCUGUCUUUCAGGACAAAAAUGAUGUUAGUUAACUGUAGCCAAAUCCUCUGCUACUGUGAACUAAUGCUGCUUUAGCUCACAACUUUAGUUAUUUCAUCUUAACUUCCCUGAAUGUCCCCAUGUACACAACCCCUAGGAGAUCCCAUGUCUUUAAGGAUCACUGCUGCAGCCCUGAGGCCUGUUUUCUCCAGUGAGAAGCUAGUAAUUCUCACCACAAGUUUUUCUAACUUCCCAUCAGCCUGAGAAGGCAAGUAGCAGCCUCGUAAACAGAGACACAGCCCCAAGGAGAGGCUCGUUAGUCAGUCUGUGAAUCAUUUCCUAGCACCACUCCCAUAUUCUGUUGUUUUGGGGCAUAUCUUCAAGAUGUAGGUAAAUUCCCCCUUCUCCUUCAACGUUCCCUGAAGAUAUGGUGCUGUUCAUGUAGUUCCCAUUUGCAGAUACAAAUGCAUAUUUGGAGCAUGCAGUUACCUGAUUGCUGACAUGUUUGUGUGUUCUGAGUGUACCUAAUGCAUUGCCGUGAUUGGCCUGGGUGUAAAUCAGUGCAGAAUUUGGCCAUAGGCACUUCUUUUUGAAAAUGGUGCCCAUUACUUAUUGCCUUUCCUUCAGGUCUGCAGCACCCAUACCAGCCAUGAUGAGAUUGCUAAGGAAUGCUGUGUGUAGCUUAGCAAUAUUUGUCAGUGUCGUUGGGAUCAAGUAAUUUGACUUACCGUUUUGUCCCCCUCCUGUCAACUAAGAGACAGAAAAAAGACAUGAGAAUUUUUAUACAAACUAGAAAGAAGCAUGAAGGAAGACUUGGCCAGUCCAGUGUUCUUGCACUAUGUUGUAAGUGAAGUCAUUUCCACUCAGGCUUGAAAAUCAGAAUGAUAGUGCGUUUACCUUAAUAUGUGCAUUGUGUCUUCUCUGCAGGUUUUAGGAUUAAGCCAGUAGCUGAAAGGAUAGAUUUGGAAGCUUUUAGAAUUUCAGCUUCCCAGUGAAACAUGAAACCAUUUUUUUUCCUUUCAAAACUUGUUGGAGGAGCUUCUUUCUAUUAUUUUGUCAUCCUUCAUGGAUAACUUCAUACCGAUGUCAUUUAAAACAGAUUGGAGCCCUGUUAAGAGUUUGAAAAGAUUGUCUAACAACAAUGCACGUUUGUUCUCAGUUUCUGGUUAGUAACUGCUCCUUAAAUAUGCUUUGUGGUGGCCUGUGAACUCAGAUCAGCUGUCAUAUGCAGUGAAAAGAGUCAGGCUGAAAAAGUGACGAGAGGCUUGUUGGUCUUACAAGGUGCAAGACUUAAUUUUGUGAUUCUGAUAACGUUCUGGUGUUUCCUGUCUCAGGACUGUCUUUUCUUUGACGUUUGCCUGUUUUUAAGUUUGACUUGCUCUGAUGCUGAAGGUUUUGCCAUCCUUUCCCCAUUCAGAGGCACACCUUGGAGAGUCAUCUUCGCCCAGAUGGUCCAAAAGUCCUGUCAUCUGGGGAGAGUCACCAAGUCUUUUUGGAAAGAUUUGUUAAGCUUGAAUUAGCCACCAGCCUUUGAAGCCAAAUCCCUUUGAUGAGUAGUGGCCUCUCUCGAGAUGUUUAUGCUGUGGCCAGUUUUAAAAUGCAAGUUAAUCUUUACAAAGAGAGAAUUCUUUUGUUCUGUUAUCAAUAUGGCAGGGAUGCCUUGAGGCGGGGAGUGGGUCUGGCUCAGCUAGGGUCCUCCAGGGCUCCUCAGAGGUGAGUUUAAAGUAUUGAAGAGGAAAUAAUUGCAGAUCAGCCAAAUGCUGCUCACUCUCAAAGCCCCUUGAAGGCACUGGAGUCAUGGACAAAUGUAAAUCUGGAGUAACAGGUGUAAAUCAGGAGUAAGUCUACUGAAGUCAAUGGAAGUAAGCUGGUGUAACAGGUGACCGAAGAAUCAGCCCACAGAAAGAGAGCCAAUGCUGUAUCCCAAAGACCUAAUACUGAGCAGGCCUGAGCACCUGUAGCCCCCCAUUGAUUUCAGUGAAAGUUGGGAGAACUCAGCCCUUGGAAGGGCUGGACCUUAGGAUAGAGAAGUUAUGUAAUGAAUGAAAAACUUCCUCUUUCUCUCCAUCCCUUUCCCCUUUUUGAUAUCUAUUAACACCCUUUCAGGAUUCAAUGUGGGGAGAGGGGCAGUUUGGUUUUUGUUUUGCUAUGACACGCUCCAUGUGUUGGAUGUUACUUUAUAUCCACUGAAAAGAACAGUCUCAAGAAGAUUCACCACCCACCUCAUUGGAGGGAACAAGCAAAGCACGCAACCUGUCCUGGAGCCAUGAUCAUCUCUGUCCCCUACACACACUUGGGUCUUGAUUCUGCAGUCAGGACUCACUUGAGCAACUCCAGUGCCACUGCACUGUUCACCCACUCAGACUUUAUGGGACCGUUCAGGCAAACAAGGGCAGCAGGAUUCUUAGUGCAGACACAUCCCAGGGAGGGCUGUUUAGACCUGGGGUAUGGUCUUCUGCUCUUGCAGUUAAUGAGGAGCAUAGAAAGUGCUACUGAGCUCUGUGAUGAGAGAACAAUGUGCCUUUCUCUUUUGGUAUGAAAACACCUCCAGUGGUUGGCUACAAGACCCACAGUGGGUGGCAGCUGGUGUGGAUUUUGUCUUGUGAUUCCCUCCUCCACCUUUUGUGUCCCAUUUAAAUAAUAAGAAGACCAGUGUCGUGCACAGAUUUGGACGUUCCAGUUGAACGCCCCCCUUGUCAGGCAUCAUCUGAUGCCAAUAAGCAUAUUCAUUUACAUGUAAGCACCUGUUCAGGAAGUUGUGGGGGGGAGGGGAGGGAAUAAUUGGCCAUCAGUGUUGUUGCCAUGACUUAUUUCAUUUCCCGAAGGGCUUCUAACAAGGAAACGAAUUUAUGUUAAUUACUUCCUCAAAAUGUUCAUCCACAGGAGAGAGUAUUGAUCCUGCAUGCUUUGUGAUCGUAGUUUUCUGAGAUGAAGCAGCCCUUACGUUUUGCUCUGGAGACAAAUAGGUAUUUCAGCUGCACAGUCUUGCAGAAUGUUCAUGGUUAGUGUGUCAAACACAGCACUUUGGGCCAGAUUUUCAAAUAUAUUUAGGUGCGUAAUUCCUAAAGAUGCAGAGAGGAAUUGAAAGUCACUGGGAGUUAGAUGCAUAUAUGCAUCUUUUGGACCUGAUCCAUAGUCCAUUGAAAUCAAUGGAAAGACUCCCAUUAACUUCAACCUGCUUUGCAUCAGGCCCUUACUCAGCUGGCUAGGCCAAAAAAAUAUCUAUCCCAGAAGCCAUUUCUUCCCAUAGUAAUGAGCUUUUUGUAUCAUUAAUGAAACUGUUCUGUGCAAGCAGAGUGACUGUGUGUGAGUUGCUAACAACCCUUGCAGUAAGGGGGCCUUAUAGAUGGCUGGGGUUUAAGUUUUGGGACAUAAAACUAACUUUAAAAAGAUAUUUUGUUUUAAGUUGAUAGGUUUUAGCAAUGGGUUUUUUGUUUUGGGUUAGGUUUCAUUAUGUUUUCUCCCCUCCCUUCAGAAACCUGACAAACCAGCCUUUUUUGAAAGAUUCCCUUUCUUUUUCACUGGUUUGCGGUGUAGCUCUCUGUCCGAGUCUUUCUGUAAAAGUGAAUUGAUGUCUGUCUGUACAGUAAGUCCUCUUGUUUGCGAAAUGAGAAGUUGACCUAGGUUGCUGUUCUGUACAAUUACUGAUCUUCUCCGCUUUCAUAUUGCAAGCCACACAUAUUGCACUCCUAUGCCACUAUAAUCUGCAUCACUGUUGUACUCAAAUCAAGUCACUGAAUAAAGUUUUGUGCUUUAUUCUUAA